CCUGGCAAGAGGAGCGUAGAGGUUCGACACGAACCGAGAGUCGCUUUGGCCAAGUGCGAGCGUGGCGUUUUCGGUGUGCGCGAGUUCCAUUCGAUAGAGGUCUGCAAUUUCGAACGCACCGCCCCCACCCGAGGCGAAAGGGUCUGGGUUUUUCUACCCUGGAACGUAGCAGAAAACGGACACAAGCGUGUCUCGGCGAUUUUCACGAUUUGCUCGCACGGCCCUGAAACCGCGGGGGUGACAAAAGGGGUGGCAGGUCUGGAACAGUUCAUUUCGGAUCGCACCGAGGGCUCAACGUUUUUCUCCUGAUCGAAUUUUGUUUACCGCGAGGAGCCGGAGAUGUUGUAGACCGUACGCGUAAACAGGGGGAUCGUCGCGCGUGCACGGUGGAUUAUGCGUGAUCGCGGAAACGUGGAAGCGAGGUAAAAGUGUUUUUUCGGGGCAAAAGCGGUUCGUCGAGCGAGGAGGCUCCGGGAUUCGAGCAACAGGAAAGUACGAGCUCGAUGCCGGAGGCUUCAGGAUCGGACGUGGCCGACGAGUCGGAUUAUUCGAUAUUUGAGAAUAAGUCCGGCCUGGCCGAGGACAUGAAGUUUCUGGCUAGCAUGCCGGAACUAUGCGACGUGACCUUCCUCGUCGGUAAUACAAAAGAGCCUAUCUGCGCCGUGAAGGCCGUCCUCGCAGCCAGGAGUAGAGUGUUUCAGAAACUGUUUGACCAGGCACCGAGCCCGCAGCGGAAAAAGGAGCCGAUGAAGGAGAACAAGUUCCGGACGUUUCUAAAACGGAGCUCGGAGCCACUGUUAAAUCUUCAAAACGUGGCGCAGCAGCGAUCAGGGUACGCGCAGCAGUUGGCACCCAUACAAGAGCCGAAUCAGCAUCACACUUUGAUCAUCGACGAGUUCGAACCGGACGUGUUUCGUCAACUGAUCGAGUACAUUCAUACCGGAUGCGUGACGCUACAGCCCAGAACAUUGCUAGGUUUGAUGAACGCUGCUGAUCUUUACGGAUUGGAACAAUUGAGGAAAGCUUGCACUGGAUUCGUGCAGUGCUGCAUAACAGUGGACACCGUUUGCGCUUUAUUGGCGUCGGCCGAACGAUAUAUUCAGUAUAAGGGUACAAAGUCUCUGGUUCAAAAGGUGCUAGAGUUUGUCAACGAACAUGGCAACGAAGUGUUGAGUUUAGGAUCCUUCACCCUACUUCCCGAGCACGUCGUUCGUCUGAUCCUCGCGAGGGAAGAAUUGCAAGCUGACGAGUUCACCAAAUUCCAAGCGGCCUUGAUGUGGAGCAAGAAGUACUGGGAUAGUAGAGAUGAUCAGAAUCAAUCACUGGAACUCAAGGACGUGAUCGGGAACUUCCUGCAGUUCAUACAGUUUCACAAAAUACCUACAUCAGUGCUAAUGAAGGAGAUCUACCCCCUGCGCUUGGUACCCGGAGAGAUCAUAAUGACGGCGCUGGCCUAUCAGGCAGACCCAAGCAGCGUCGACACCGGAAAGCUCUCCCCUCACCGAGUGAAGCACCAGGACCGUAGUCUGUCGGUGCAGUCCUCUCUGCAGGACCAGUUCGGCAGCAACACGUCGCUGAGUUCGAACGUGUCCGUCGAGGGUUCCGACGAGAAGCAGCAUUCAGGUAAACACAGCGUCACAGCGGAACAGGAAAUGCGGGAGCAGCAACAGUGGAAUCGGAAGCGGGGAUCCGAGGACGAGGAUCUGCAGCGGCUGAUCGAACAGCGGACGCAGUUUCAGACGAUGAGACAGGAGGAGGAACUGCAGCGGCAGAACGAGGAGCUGCAAACGAGGAAGCAGGAAGAGGAGCUGAGGAAGCAGGAGAUGCAAGAGGAGUUCGACAGGCGGCAGAAGGAGCAACUACGGAAAAAGAAGAAGGAGGAGGAAGAGAAGAGAAGGAAGGAGGAGGAGGAGGGGUCGAAGGUCGUGCAGGAUGACGAGGAGGCGAAGAGACAGAAACAGGAGGAGGCAUUAAUGCAACAGUUGCAGCUCGAGGAGGAGAGACAGAAGAUCGAGGAGAGGCAACGAAGGGAAGCUUUAGAUAAGCUCAGGCAGGACGAGUUGAUGGAACAACGGCAGAGGAGUUUGGAGAAGCUUCGGCAAGAGGACGAGACGAAAGCUCAACAGGAGGAUGAGGUUAAAGCUCGGCAGGAUAUAUCGGCAAAUAUAGAGAAACAGCAAGAUGAGAAUUUGGGAGAGGGCUUAGAGAAAGAACAAGUAAAAAUGCCGGAAGAAAUUUUGCAACAGCAGAGAGAGGAGGAACAAGGGGAAAGACCGACGGAUCGGCAAGAAGGUAACGAACAGCAAACUGAAGAAGAAUCAUUGCAACCGGAGACGAAAGAGAACAAAGAACAGAUUCAGCUAGAAGAAACGACCAGAGGAGAAGAACUACGAGAAAAAGGAGAAACGAAAAUGGAACAAGAGGAAUCGUUGAUACGCCGCGAAGAAGAACAUAGGCGACUUCGGGAAGAGAGAAAGUUGCAACUACAAUUGCAGGAACUGAAAGUUCAAUGGAGCCUGGAGCAGGACGCGUUGCAGAUGCAAGAGGAAAUGGUACAACGGCAAAUAGAGGAGAGGAGGUACGACGAAGAGAUGGAGAGUCUGCAGUUUCCGCAAGUGCAGCUGCAGUUGGAGGGUCGAAAGCCGAUGCUGGAGAGACCCGAGAAACGGCAGAAGGAUCGUAAAAAAUCGAGGAAGAGGAAACGGGUGGAGAUCAGAGAGCACGAGGCAGAGUCGCCGAAACAAGAAACAGCCCCCGCGGAGGGUGUCGCCGGCCUCUACAUCAAGUUGGUGGUGAGGCAAGAGGGCCGGGCACCCUUGGUCUGGUUGUUCAAAACGCACAAAUUCUGAAUUCUCGUUUCGCUGUCUUGCAUUCUGAUUUCUCGUAUCGAUCGAUUUUCACGGUGCACCGAGUCGAUUCAACGUUACGACGCUCCUAAAAUUGUACGACGGAGAUUCUCGAUACGUCGACGAUCAUCGCAAUUGAUAAUCGAUUAGCCGUGUGCAGGUAUUUUACGGUAAACGUGAAAACGAUUAUUGUUAAUAACAUUGAAUAUCUGUGAACAUAAACGAGAAACCUGCUCGUUACGAUGAUCGUUCGAUCAAUUUACGAAUUGUUUCAAUGCAGUGUAGAAUUAUUAUCUUUUAUCGUUGUCUAAGAUCAUCUGAGGAUCGUUUACUUUCAGUGGAAGCACAGUAGAAUUUUUCUACCUGCAACCGACACGUCUUCACUACUGUGAAUGUGCGAGCGGGAUUUCUUAUUUAUUGUAUAAAUAUAUGUAUAUGCAUGUUUAAAUCGGGGGUGCGUGUAUGUAUAUAAAUAUUAGAAAAUUAACUGCAAAUAUAUGUAAACCAGAAGAUGCGACAAGAUGCAAAGAAACGACAGGGCCACGUGAAUGUCUAUCAAUCACUAUGAAUUAUCUCAGCGGACGACGGAUAUCAGAAGCACCCACACACAGUAUCCACCCACAUGUAUAGAGAUGAAACAUGUUAUACACGCAUAUUAAUGUGUAUCUAUAUUUGACACUGUUCAAGUACGAAAGUGGAAGCUGUUAUAUACUAUAUAAUGUAUCGAUGUUGCGACUGGUGUGUUUGAGAGAAUGACUUUCUUUGUACCAGAUUUUCAAAUAGAUUAAAACGAAAUUAUCGUACGAAAUUUGAUAACAGUCCGGGAGAAUCGUAGAUGAAAUUCGACUUACCUUUGUUAAGCAUUUAUACCGUUCGCUAUGUGAUUUGAAACGUUCGACGAAAUAAAAUCUGGUGUUACAUUAGAACUGCCUGUUACCAUGAUCGCCAAUAACCAGGGGAACAUGUUCGAUGUAUAAAGAAUGUUACGCUUUCGAAUCUCCGAUGAUCAUGCUCGUGUCCCUUCUCGACGAGAAACUCUUUUAUGAAACCGUGAAUACGCAAGCUAAUGCCGAUUAAUCUGUCGUUGAUAUCACAUCGUUGUUUUAUUCACGUUCGGCAUUAUUCUCCGUUGCUAAGAUAAUUAUUGAACUAAUCAAAACUUAGCUAGGGUAUUUAUUAAAUGUUAUUGAUCGAUGUAAUUACUCAGCCGAGGUACAAAUCAGAAGGAACGCAACAAUCGCAAGCAAGAUUUGCUUCAUUUUAAUACGUGUACAUAUGUUUACGCGGAUAUUACGACUUGAAACCUCGCUCAAACUGCACUGCUUCUCAUUUAAAUAACGGUCGCAACGUGAUAUGAAAACGUUGUGAACGACAAUGUGAUCUUCUCGCUACUACAGUGCUUCGAUUUCGUUGUUCUCUAAUUAGGCUGAGAAUAGUGCGACGAAAAGUAGAAUUUUGUCCCAAACGUUCAACAGAACUGCAUGCUAUUACUUAAGGGGCCGUACCUGUGUGAAAUUUAAAACAAAUCACUUUUUCUUUGGCAUAAAUUGGUCGUUUUUAAUUAUUUUUGUACGAAAAAAUUAUUUUACACAGUUCAUUUAUAGGCAAACACAUCCAUAAAGUUUAAA